GUCCAAACGUUGUUUGGUCAUCAACAACGGCAAUGCAACGUUGGCACAACAAAGUGGCCGUGGUUAGCGGCGCCAGCGCUGGCAUUGGUGCUGCCUGCGCCCGUGCCCUGGUCGGUGCCGGUCUGGUGGUUGUCGGCUUGGCCCGUCGCCACCAGCGCAUCGAACAGAUGCGAUUGCAAUUGCCGCUCGCUGAACAGAAUCGCUUGCAUGCCUUGCGCUGCGACAUAACAUCGGAGUCGCAGGUGCUCGAUGCCUUUGAGUGGACGCAACGCGAAUUGGGCGGCGUCCAUGUGCUGGUCAGCAAUGCGGGCAUCAUGGCAGCCAGCACUGAGCUGAGCGGCGCCACAAAUACACAGGGUAUACGCGACACCAUCGACACGAACAUUAUGGGCACUGUGUACUGCAUACGCGAGGCAUUCCAAUCGAUGCGGCGGCGCGAGACCGAGGAGGGACACGUGAUCAUCGUGAAUAGCGUUGCCGGGCAGCAGGUGCCCAAUUUGGGGCCGCUGUUGCCAUCGCUCAACAUCUAUCCGGCUAGCAAGUUUGCGUUGCGUGCCAUGCAGGAGAUCUAUCGACAGGAAUUUCAGCGCCACAAAACCCGUGUACGGGUCUCGACCAUCAGUCCGGGCAUUGUCGACACGGACAUCCUGCCCGAGCAGCUGCAAGGCAUCAUCAAGCAGCAGAUGCCGAUGCUGAGCUGCAAGGAUGUCGCUGAUGCCAUACUCUGGACCAUCGGAACGCCAUCCAAUGUGCAAGUGAGACUCUUUGAUGGACAAUGCUUAGCAUUCAAUACUUGGAUGAAUUCACAGCGCCUGCUUUAAAUAGUCUCAUUUACCCAUCCAUACUUGAUAUAGGCACCGUUCCGAUAUUCAAAAGAAAUAAUUUAGUGAUUAAAUUUGUCGUCAUAAUUGUGAAAGUGGUGUUUUUAUUGCCAAAUUUGCAAAUGAGAAAGCUUUGCACACCCAAAUGUAAGCGGCUUGGCGAUAAGCUUUAAUUGCGAAUAAAAUAAUGUGGUAAAAUAA